AUGGCCCUCGUGAUCAAGUCAUAUGAUCCUGCGCAACACCAGCAGCGUGCUCAGAGGAGACGGCAAAAGCGAUCGGCAAAACGUUCGACACUUUCCCCAAGAAGUGCUGCGUGUGUCGGAAGUCCCUUUUCGCCAACCUUGACUACCGGCCUCGAAAUCUCCCAGCCUGACGACAGAUUUAUUCCACCGAACAACCCAGACUCUACUACAGAGAUGCAAAACGCCAGCUUUGACCCUGACCUUCAACACAAUAGACUGGAGCUACAACAAAAGCUUCAGGCAGCGAUUGCCACAACACCUUCGGCCUCCGAAUUUAACUGUGAACGAGAAACCUACAAUGACAAUGCCUCAUGCAUCUCAAUCUCUGAAAAGGCAAGUGACGAAGAGAAUAGCCCAACUGUAUCCGUCUGGUCACCAGAUGCAGAUACCACACAAUCGGCUGGCUCAAGCAUCAAUACGCCUUCUGUAGAAUCGCCUGCUUGUCACAUAGAAAAUCAGAGAGACCAAGUUUUGGAGCCCGCCAACAGGAUGGCUGCAGAGCCGUCAUCAUCUGUAUCAAGCAACGAGCCUCACAACUCACACGGCCAGGAUUUGCGCGACCUUGCGCUUGUAGCAAGCACCGCACUAGAGACUGUCACAGAACCCGCUGUUGCAGAGCCCGCCAUUGCUUCAUCAACCAAGCGAUCGCUUUCUGAAAGUGGUGUGAUUGAUGACUCUUACCCUUUAGUUUCGGAUAUCUGCCAACCAUCAAAGCGUCCAAAGCUUACCUCACCCUCAUGCAAAGAAGUUAUCUCGACGCUCCUACUCGACAUGCAAGAGCUGAUCUCGAAGACUCUAGCCAAGCUAGACGUAGACCAGCCACAGAGCUCAGGCGUUUGCACUAGUUCUACAUCCGAUACUAUAAUAGUGGCCACCGACGGAGGCGGCGCUAGCAUCAGUAUCGAUGACGCAAGCGCCUCUUCCGGACUGCCAAAGGGUCGACUUAGAAGGACACGCCGCCGCAAGUGGGGACCUGGGGAAGAUAAACUCCUGCAGGAUCUUAAACGCUUACAACAAAUACAUCAGCAUCCAGCGGACCGUGUGAUUGCAGCAAGACUGAACCGCACAGAGAGCGCCGUAAAGCAACAUUGGGAUAUCAUGGAGAAAGAACGGAGACGUCUAAGAGAGACAAGGUAUAUUUGA